CUUUCUCAUGACUCACAUCUUUCAAAAUGGUGUCUUGGGCAUUUUUAAUGCUGAAAUCAUCUCGACUUCACAGCUGAUCAAAAAAAUGUCUAAGAGCAAAUCAGCUCUUCAUCAUCCAAAUACAAAAAGGUACAUAUUAGAGUUGUCAACUUUCUAUUGCUGGAAGAAAACUCCACGUUAGUAUUUUUCCAUUAAAAAAUUAACACAGCAUUCUGUUUAGGAAAUGUGUGUGUAUUUCCUAAAAUACACAUCUGAAAGACUUUAAAUUGCUAUUGCACAGAUGCCUUGAGCCCCAGCAGGUCCCGAGGGGCCGAGUGCACCUGGAGGCCCAGCACCCCACUCCUCUGCCUGCACCAGCUCUCCUGUGGGGGAGAGGGGGAGAGCGGGGAGCCCACGCAGGCCUCUGAACCACGCCUCAGGCUGCAGCAGCCACAUUACUCACACUCAGCGGACAAAGGAUCACUCAGCAUUCAGUCUCACCACUUCAAAACAUUACAGAGGGAAAACGACACCUAGAAGUAGGAGUGAGAUUCGCUGAAGUUCUCUUCUGAGGAAGACCCCACCCCCCGCGCCUGGACAGCCGGGGCUGGUGGUGCCUGAGGAUCCCUUCGGCCUGGACAGCCCACGCGGGGUUGGGGGACCUCGCUCUGCCCUCCUGGGGCGGCCGUCGGUUCCCGAAGCGGCGGGUGAAAUUCGAAUGGUCAGUAGGUGGCGCACUCGGAGGUGGCCGCCGCGCAUGAGGCAGUUCAGUGGCCCCGAGAGUCCGGGGAGGGAGGUUAAUUCUCCGCCUGCACUAGGCUGUGAAAUCUGCAACCAUGAGCAGGGGAGGAGGCCCUGGUAGGGAAGAGGCCACCAACAUCUGGACGGCAGGUAAGUUCCGACGCCUCUGCAGCAAGCGCGGGAGGCGGGACCUGAGGCACGGCUAACACUCAGAGAAAACUACCGGCUGAGGGUCCCUGGUCUGAAUGCUUGGGACCGGAAGAGUUUCGGAGUUCAGAUUUUUGCAGAUUUUGGAAUAUCUGCAGGUACAGAAUGAGAAAGCUAAAUACAAAAUUCAUUUGUGUUUCAUACAGACCUUAUACACACUGCCUGAAAGCAACUUUAUAAAAACACUUUUAAUAAUUUCAUGCAUAAAGCAAACUUUGAACUGUGCCUGGACUGCAGCCGGCCACACGAGGUCAGGUGUGGAAUUUUCCACUUGUGCCACGACACUCCAACAGUGUCGGACUGUGGGGCACUCUGGAUUUCAGAUUUCCAGAUGCUCAACCCAUACUCAGAUUCCUAAGUUACUUGUCAGAAAUGCCUGCUAUUUCUUGGGAUUACACUUCUCUCUGCAAAUGUCUGUGAAAUUCCUAAGUUAAAUUCUUUAUGUAUCAUGCACAUGCUACUAAGUUAACUAUGAAAUUUAGUGUUUAACGCAGGUCAGUUGCAAAAACAAGAAUACUGCUUGCUUCAACCCAGGAUGACAGGUUAUUGCUUAAAGGAUACACAAUAGCUAGUAUGAUGCCUUCAAACUUAAAGAAAGGUUUGUAUCUGUGGGUGAAGAAAAGCAGUUAAACCAGAAACUUCCAUAAAAACAAGUCUAGUGGAACUGAGCUGAUUGCCAAACUGUGGGAGAAAAAGGGCCAGCAAAAAAAUGGUUAACGCUAGCCUUCUGAGGAGGCCGCCCAGAGCCCGGCCAGAGAGGAGCCAGAGAGGAGCGGGCGGAGGGGGCCUAUAAAGCCCUGUGCCAAGGGGCAGACUCACUGGCUCAGACGGAGGACGCACCCGCCGGCCAGCCGGGAACCUUCCCUCACGGGCUCCCAGGGCGGGUCUCUUCCUCUCUCCAGCCCUGCUCAGGUAUUCGACAGGUCCAGCAGAGGUACACCUCCUGCAGCGGGUUCCAAGUGCACCUCCGGCCUAAUGGGCCUGACCGAGGAGGCUUCCAGGAGCACAGAAGGGGCUGCAACCCAGAACACAGAACUAGCAUGAGGAAAACGCUGAACUUUUGUGAUCUGUUUUAUCGUAAGAGAAGAUUCUGCUCCGACGUCCAGCUUUCCGGACCCACUCUUUCUCUCAGAAACACUGGCUUUCCCUUCCUAUCUUACUUCUCAAUCAGCUGCUGAAAUGCAUUUUCCCCUCUCCUCACAAACGCCGUUGUCCUGGGGUGGCCGUGCCCACAUGCCCCUUGUUUCCUGGGCCUGCUCUGUGGCUAUAAAGGGAAAGAACACCCCUGCCUGUGGGGGUGACUCACGUCCAGCCUCCAGCUGCAGCUUAGCGGCCGUGGGACCUGCAGGAAAGAAGUCCGUGUACUUCCCACAGGUGACUCUUCUACUUCAGCUCAACCACAGCCACCUCCUGAGCUCAUAAAGCUGAGGUUCUGGCCCUCCCCAGUGCUCUUGACACACCCAGACUCUACAGACACCCAGCCAGGGGCACCGGGCCUUGUCCCGAAGCGGGGGCCACUCGAUGAGACUUCAUCCUCUCCUGUUGCUUCUCCAGGUACCCAGAGAGUGAGCAGCUCCACGCAGGACUGUGCACAGUGGCCGACACCUGCAGGGACGCCCGCCGGACGAGCACGCAGAGGGCCCUCGCCUCCACGGAUGCGCCAUGCCGGCGUGCGGAGCAUCUGUUCUUCCCACUCUCUGCAGUUAACAAACCCAACCCAAACCACCACAGGUGCUCCUCCUGGGGAGUUUCCUGUCUGACAAAUGCCCGGCUCACUUCAAGGAGAAUCACGCUUCUUUCUAAAGAUGGAUUCACCGUUUAAAACAGAGCUCUGGGAGCCUUUCGGCAAAUCUUGAAGCUGCAACGGUGCAGAGACAUGGAUGUGACUUCCCAAGCCCGGGGCGUGGGCCUGGAGAUGUACCCGGGCACCGUGCAGCCUGCGGCCCCCAACACCACCUCCCCCGAGCUCAAUCUGUCCCACCCGCUCCUGGGCACCGCCCUGGCCAAUGGGACAGGCGAGCUCUCGGAGCACCAGCAGUACGUGAUCGGCCUGUUUCUCUCAUGCCUCUACACCAUCUUCCUCUUCCCCAUCGGCUUUGUGGGCAACAUCCUGAUCCUGGUGGUGAACAUCAGCUUCCGCGAGAAGAUGACCAUCCCCGACCUGUACUUCAUCAACCUGGCGGUGGCGGACCUCAUCCUCGUGGCCGACUCCCUUAUCGAGGUGUUCAACCUGCACGAGCGGUACUACGACAUCGCCGUCCUGUGCACCUUCAUGUCGCUCUUCCUGCAGGUCAACAUGUACAGCAGCGUCUUCUUCCUCACCUGGAUGAGCUUCGACCGCUACAUCGCCCUGGCCAGGGCCAUGCGCUGCAGCCUUUUCCGCACCAAGCACCACGCCCGGCUGAGCUGUGGCCUCAUCUGGAUGGCAUCUGUGUCGGCCACGCUGGUGCCCUUCACCGCCGUGCACCUGCAGCACACCGACGAGGCCUGCUUCUGCUUCGCGGACGUCCGGGAGGUGCAGUGGCUCGAGGUCACGCUGGGCUUCAUCGUGCCCUUCGCCAUCAUCGGCCUGUGCUACUCCCUCAUUGUCCGGGUGCUGGUCAGGGCGCACCGGCACCGCGGGCUGCGGCCGCGGCGGCAGAAGGCGCUCCGCAUGAUCCUCGCAGUGGUGCUGGUCUUCUUCGUCUGCUGGCUGCCGGAGAACGUCUUCAUCAGCGUGCACCUCCUGCAGCGGACGCAGCCUGGGGCCGCUCCCUGCAAGCAGUCUUUCCGCCAUGCCCACCCGCUCACUGGCCACAUUGUCAACCUCGCCGCAUUCUCCAACAGCUGCCUAAACCCCCUCAUCUACAGCUUUCUCGGGGAGACCUUCAGGGACAAGCUGAGGCUGUACAUUGAGCAGAAAACAAAUUUGCCGGCCCUGAACCGCUUCUGUCAUGCUGCCCUGAAGGCCGUCAUUCCAGACAGCACCGAGCAGUCGGAUGUGAGGUUCAGCAGUGCCGUGUAGACAGCCUUGGCGGCAGAGGCCCAGCCAGGGUGCGACUCGGGAGCUGCACGCACCUGGGUGGACACAAGGCACGGCCAUGUCAUGUCUCUAAACUGCGGUCAGAUGUGGAUUCUGGCUCCUCGGGGCCUCGCGAGGGUCACACUUGCCUGGUCACCCUGGGGCUGCUAAGGAAACCUCACGACUGGUCACCUUGCACUCCUCCUCAUACAGAAUUGCUACAAUCCCAAAGCACUCACCCCACAGGGUCCAAAGGCCAGCGGUGACCAGCCUGACGCCCAGCUCCUCCCCGCCAACCCUGCCUGCUGCCGCACCUGCCUGCUGCCACAGGAAACAUUUCUGACAUCAUCGACCAGGAAAGCCACAUGGAGAGGCCACUGUGGGUGAAGCGCCUCAGUUACAUGGUAACCCUAAAGCAAAUCUGCCACCGUGCGGGAACUAACGCUGGAAACACAAGGUGCUGGUGGGUCUGAGCUGGACAUCGUGGUGUGUCCUCUGUGCCCACGGUCUGAGCUAGCUAGCGCACCGCCGUGUUAAAGGGGAAAAGGAAAACGCGCUGCUCUGAUGCACGCCUGAGCGUCCUCCAUCUUCCAGGACGGCAGCAAUGGUGCUGUGCGGCCUUGCCAGGCCCACGAGGAGCACCAGCGCUCGGCCGGGGCAGCAGGAAGGUCCCUCUGCGGAGUGCCCGGCCCAUGGCGGCAGGAAGGUCCCUCUGCAGAGUGCCCGGCCCGUGGUGGCAGGAGGGCCCCUCUGCGGAGCGCCCGCCGUCUGCUCUGAGGUGGUUCAGUCACUGCUUGUUGACAUCAUCAUGGCAACUUGCACUCAUGUGGACUGGGACCGUGCGAGCUGCUGUGUGGGUUAGUCAGGUGCCAGGACAAUGAAAUACUCCAGCACGUGUGGCUGACGAAUUUGCUUCUACAGAAAUAACAGUUGGGGACAACCGCGGUGAUGAUGUAAAAACCUUCCCAUAAAAUGUAAGAAAAGCUGACGAGGCUGGUGAUGUUCAGCCUUUGUCAAUAAAACAGUCAUGUGCGGAUCCUU